UGAGCUGACUGCUGAGCACCAUUCACAAGUUCAACCUUCACUCACUCUCACAGUGACAGUUACAAGUUUUGACAUUCCUUUUCUGAUCGAAAUCUUCCAAGAUGAACAACAACAGCAAUAGCUACAUCAACCCCUAUUCUACAGGCACAGCCAGUGCUGAGAAGAAGGUAGUGAUCUUUGACAAAGAUGGGACCCUGACCUGCAUGCAUGCUAUGUGGGCUCCCUGGUUAAUCCAGACAGCAGAAAGAAUGGAGGCUUCAACUGGACUCUCACUUCAAGAUGAUAUCUACAAGGCGAUGGGGUUCAACUUCGACGCCCGCAUGUUUGGACCCGGGAUCCUGAUGGAGUGUACAAACCAAGUCUGCUUUGAGUACCUGUGUGAGCUCCUUGUGAAAAAGGGGCUUUCCCCUGAGAGGGCUCGUCUCGUCAGCGAGGAUUGCUUUGACGAUGGUAAUGCUGCGGUCUGCGGAGAGCUCCUGGAAUUUGGCGAUGUACAUGGUAUCUUCUCCAGGCUCAGAGACGAGGGCUAUUACAUUGCUGUUGACACUGCAGACAGUCGCAUCAUGACGGAAGGCACUCUGGACAGACUAGGCGUGUCUCACCUGGUCGACAUGGUGGUCUGCGGAAACGACGCUGGAAUCAAACCAAAGCCCGAUGCGUAUACCGCCCUCAAGAUCUGUUCUAGACUAGGAGUACAUCCCAAGAACGCCGUCUUCGUAGGGGACACCAUCACUGAUGCUAUGUGCGGCAAGAACUCAAAAUGCGGCCUUGUCAUAAGUGUCUUGACUGGGGGCGUCGACAAGAGAAUUCUAGAGAAGAAAGCUGACUUUGUUGUAGAUAGCAUCGAGGAAGCAGCCGAUCUGAUCCUGAGUCGUAACUGCUAGAAAUCGGACAUCCAUGUACAUCUGUAUGGCUUCUGUGAAGCUUUGCUAUAACUUGACACAAUUUUCUGUGAAUCCUAUAUUCCUGAUUAGACCAAACAAGAGGUUUGUGUGUUCUACUAACUUUGAUGAUAAUAAGAACCUAUUCUUGUAUAGCACAAAUCUUAUUAUAAAGUCCCUAUGCCCAUCCAAAGGGCUUUGGAAAUGUUUACCCUAGCUUUAGCUCUGGCAGCCGUUAUCAGGGCACGGUGCAUUUUAAGGAAUAAUCCUACCAGGUACCCAUUUAAUCUACCUUGCCUGGAUGGAUUGUGGCAAAUGUAGAUUACCGGUAAUGUUUCGCCAAAUGUCGUUAUAUCUGUUGUAGGGAUUUGAACCCUUGUGGUUCACAGUCCAGAAACUUAUCCACUUGACCACAACACACCUUCAUCUUUACUGAUGUCUGAAAGUGCACAUACCUCAUUUUUAAAGCGAUAUGCAUUUUUAAAGAUUCGUUAGUUGGUCUGAGACUACAAUCAACAAUUCAUUCAUUCAAUUCAAAAAUUAUUUGACUAAUCAAAAGCAAGUUCUGUUGUUUUUGGUUGUUAAUUAGAAGAAGACUAGUAGAACAUCGUUAUUUGUUUUUACUGGAAAGAUUUUUCAUCUGAUACACUGCUCUUCUACAUGAAUUACUAUUGUGGGGGGAGAAUUUCAGCGUUAUGAAGACAAUUAGAAUCUUUCCUGUCAAUUUAAGUUGGGAAACAAUACCACCCCUGUAAUAUUAACGAAUCAAAUAAGCUGUUACUCAAUUAUGUGUAUAGAUAUUGGAUGUACCGGUCCACAAUUUUUGUCGGAAUGACUUUAGUAUUUGUUUCUUAUGUGAGGUACUGUGUAAAUCACAAACUAGACCAAAGAUCUUUCCAUGUUUUGUUGAUACAUGGGUAUUAUGUGAACAUUUUCAAUGUAAAUAUAUAUUGGUUCUUGUAAUGUGCUACAGAUCAUGAGAUUAUAAUGACUGUCUCGUGGGCCUCCAGAAGAGUUAUCAAUAGGCUCAUGCGAAGAACGGCCCGCAGCCGUAAUUUUUUUUACACGGCAGCCUUUGAUUUUAUGUCUUAAAUUUCAAUAAACACGCUCACGAAGGGUCUAGCUAGCUCAUGCAUCGUUGAUUGCCUAGAUGAGAUGAGCUGAUGAUGAUGCUAUAUUAUAUAUAUAGCAUGCAAACCUCAUACCGGCCGAGAGGGGGUCGAUAUAGAGUCAAUACAAUCUUACAACUCUACUAAUUCAUUAUGUGUAAAAAUAUUGAUGUUGAUAUUUAUAACUUUGCACUUGUAGUUGAAUAUGAAUAUGAGAUGAGUACAUUAUCAUUGUUAACGCACCACAUGUUUGAAAUAAAGACUAGACUCACCGCGAGCGGUUUCAUUGAAAUUAAAGCCGUAAAAUCACAGGCUACAGUGUAAAUAAAAAUACGCGGCCUGCAAGAGCCUUCCGACAACUUGUCUGAGGGUUCACUCUGCUGGCAUUGUCGGUCUCAUGGGCUGUCAGUUGACUGGGAUGUCCCACUUUUUGUUAGCAUGUGCACCGUUCAAGCGCAAGGCAUUACAGAAUGUUGUCAAUCUGUCGCACAAAAGAAGCAUGUGAUGUAGUUUCUUCAGGAAAGUGGGUUGUAAGAACAUUGGUAGACGAUCCUGUCUUUUCUACUUCGUCUGCAUUGCAAUUUUUUAUGAUAAUAUGUAUGUGUAGCUAAUGUUAUGUGUGAUAAUACAAUGUACAUUUAUAUCGGGAAUAUACAAUGUACAUUUAUAUCGGGAAUAUACAAUGUACAUUUAUAUCGGGAAUAUACAAUGUACAUUUAUAUCGGGAAUAUACAAUGUACAUUUAUAUCGGGAAUAUACAAUGUACAUUUAUAUCGGGAAUAUACAAUGUACAUUUAUAUCGGGAAUAUACAAUGUACAUUUAAAUCGGGAAUAUACAAUGUACAUUUAAAUCGGGAAUAUACAAUGUACAUUUCAUAUCAGAGAAUGUACAUGUACUUACUGUUCCCUGUUUAUACUCUGUGCUACAAAGUGUUUAAAGGGAAGUCCACCCUGUUUUAUAAGCAGAACAAUUAGAGAACUUGUUCAAACAGGUCAGUGAAGUUUGAGCAAAAAACGAUCAAAUAUGAGAAAGUUAUGAAUUUUUGAAGGUGCGAUCAAUCAAACACAAAUUGGCAACUCAGUGACGAAUCUUGCGAAAUCCUUCAUAUUUGCCUUAGAUAUUAAAAAAA